AGUUUUUAUUUCUGAGCAUUCUCCCUCACUAAAACCUCAGAUAUUUUCUGCCCUUCUCCCUCUUCUCCUCUUACUUGAUCGGAAUCACUUCUUUCCGGUGGAAAGUUUUUGAAUUUGUUCUUCUUUGUUUCUGGGUUCUUCGAAAGAUUAGGAAUUUUCUCCGUUUCUAAAUUCGAUGGUUGAGGUGGUGGUUGUGAGCAGCGACGACGGCAUGGAGGCGGAGGAGGAGAGAAAGGAGAUCGACGGCGAAGGACCGUCAUCGAAAGUUUCCCGGUGGGAGAAACAUCUACCGAAAACGGUGCUUAGGGUUUUGCUCGUCGAGGCCGAUGACUCCACUCGGCAUAUCAUCACCGCUCUCCUCCGCAAAUGCAGUUACAGAGUGGCUGCGGUUGCGGAUGGUUUGAUGGCGUGGGAGACUCUGAAAGGGAAGCCACAGAACAUAGACAUUGUACUAACCGAGCUGGAUUUGCCAUCAAUAUCUGGUUUCGCCCUUCUUACGUUGGUGAUGGAACAUGAAACCUGCAAGAACAUCCCUGUCAUAAUGAUGUCUUCGCAAGAUUCAUUCAGUAUGGUCUUGAAGUGCAUGUUGAGAGGUGCAGCUGAUUAUCUCAUCAAACCUGUCAGGAAGAAUGAGCUGAGGAAUCUGUGGCAGCAUGUCUGGAGAAGGCAGACAUUGCAGGCUGGGUAUGUUCAUCACAGCUUACCAGCUUCACAGUCUAAGCUUGAAGCUACGGCUGAGAACAGCACAGAUUCCAGAGAUUAUUUAGUUUCUACUCACAAAAAUGCGAAUAGAAAGGGAAAUGAUUCUGGGAGCUCUUGUUCAUCCCAAUUCAAGGGAGAUGAAAGUGAGUACCUGUCAAAUAUGCAGGGUACCUCGAGGGCGAAGCAAGCAAAUGGCAGCAUCGGUCUUGGCUUUCCAUCUAAGCUAAUGGAGAAUGCAGAAUCAGUGAAACAAUCAGCUAUACAUUUGGGUCGAAGAGAAGUUUCAGAAAAGCUUGACGGGCCGGGAAAUGGAGGUGGAAAUGUGCCAUUGGAUGAAGGAUUCGGGUUCAAAGAUCUUGGCAGACAUACAGAUAACUAUGUUGGUAACCAUAGCUCGAGGGAGGAGAAGCUCGAAUACUCUAAUAUGACGAUUGAUUUGAUCGGUGUGUUUGAUGAGCAGCCAAAGUGUCUUCACGGAGAGAAUUGUUCUACUGAGCAAUUCGGUCCAGAACUCGAACUUUCUCUGAAAAGAUUCUGCCCCAGAAGCUCCAAGAACCAAGAUGAAAUUGAAGGACAGAAGCUUUGCCACUCCAAUAACUCGGCUUUCUCACGAUAUGACAAUGGCAGCUCAUCGGAGUCCAAGACAUCAACCGAAUCACAUGGACAGUUCAGAAAGGUGAGCUCUGAUAUGCGAAGCAUCACAAGCAACCAAGAGAACAUUGAGUCAUAUCAAAGUGGGCAAUAUGGACAAGCUGAGUUCAGCUAUCGAAACCAAGUUCCCCGAUCUAUCCGGAUCACCCAUCAAGCAAAAGAGCUACAAGAUUCUUGCUUUCCUGCAAACACCUUGGUGGGUGACUCUGAUAUCCGAAAAUCCCAGGAGGCAAUGAGCUGUUCAGGAGAACAGGAACGUGUGAAAACUAGUCAGGAACUCGAACUUGGUUGUCAGAGUACCUGCACAAAUAACUCUUGCGAUGACAGCAUUACUGGCCAAAGUAACAGUACAGAGAAGUCUAAGGAAGAACAGCUUGUCCAUGUUGCUUCUCAAGAUAGGCACAGAGAGACAUCGAACCCGCAACAUUUGAGUCAAAGAGAAGCUGCUCUGACAAAGUUCCGGAUGAAGAGGAAAGAUCGAUGCUUUGAGAAAAAGGUUCGAUAUCAGAGCAGGAAGAAACUAGCAGAGCAACGUCCACGGGUGAGAGGGCAGUUCGUCCGUUCCGUAAACUAUGAGAUUUCAACACCUGAUGUCUCCAAUGGAGCCUGAAUUCCCAUUCCAAGUUGCCAAUCUUUUUCACUGCAUAAUAGACGUUGUGUUUUGUUAUAUAUAGAGUUAGGCUCAAAACAUAACCAUAGAUCUGUCUCUACUUUCUCGUUUCUCUCUUCUGUUUGCGACAUAGAAGCUUUUGCUCUGCCGAGGAAA